AGCGAAAAAUAAUGCAAAUCUCUGAGAGGCAUCAGCGGCUGGUAGUUCUUGGGGGGUUUUAACAGAAGGAAUGGGUAAAAUAAAUUGUGAUGGUGUGCCACGCUUUCUACAGGCCCUCUUUUUAUUAUUUUCCUGUGUGUUUGGACUCUCUGCUGGCACGGAGCUGAGCUUUGUGACCUGCGGAUCAGUCAUUAAACUGUUGAAUGUAAGGCACAACGUGAGACUGCACUCGCACGACGUACGCUACGGGUCCGGUAGCGGACAGCAGUCUGUAACGGGAGUUUCUGCAGUAGAAGACAGCAACAGCUAUUGGAGUGUUCGUGGGACCAGUGAUGCCUUGUGCCAUCGGGGUACCCCGGUCAAGUGUGGGCAGACGAUUCGCCUCACUCAUGUCAACACAGGCCGUAACCUGCACAGCCACUACUUUGCCUCCCCACUGUCGUCUAACCAGGAGGUAAGUGCAUUUGGCGAGGAAGGAGAAGGGGACCACCUUGAUGAGUGGACAGUUCAGUGUGGGGGAUCCAUAUGGAAACGGGAGGAGGCCGUCCGCUUCCGUCACAGGGCCACUGAUGCACUGCUGUCUGUGACAGGGGAGCAGUAUGGACGACCGAUCCACGGUCAGACGGAGGUUCAUGCCAUGUCAAGCCCCAGCCAGCACAGUCUGUGGAAAGCCAUGGAGGGUAUCUUCAUGAAGCCCAGUGAGAGCCCAGCAGGCAGUCGAGACUACAGUCACCCACACACUGAGUUUUGAACUUCACUUUUCUUCCUCUGCUUCUGUCUUUUCCUAUUUUCCUCUCUGCCUACUUCUGUCUCUAAUCAUGUCUGUACCAGCAGUCCCUUACCUUCCCCUGAAGACACUUCGGAAACAAUACAAGAAACUUAAGAUCCAGGAGCUACACUCUGACUUAAUCUGUGAAUAGCAUUAUCAUUUGCCUUAAAAGGUACAAGAAGACAUUACAUAUUGAACAUAUUGUUUGACUGUAUGUUACCAAUAAUGUUUUUCACAGUUUGUAACACUUAAUGUCCACCAAGAAGUCAUCCUGCUAGCUUUUAUUUAUUCUCACACUAUAACACAGAAGGGAGUGCGGGUUUUGCACAUUAAUUGAUACAAGUCAUCCUGUGUUUAGUUGGACUAAGAGAUAUUGUUACAGUUGUGCCUUUAUCCUUUAACAAACAAACAUUGUGAGUGUUUACAUAGUGGAGCCUUUUAAACUUUUAGAAGCAUGGAGACUUGAUUCCAUUCUAUGGUAUCUCUACACGAGAUACAAUGGUAUCUCUUUCCCCAGUGUGGGACUAAUAAAGGUAUUCAUUCAAUUAUUCAUUCAUUCAUUCACAUGCAACGGCCAAGCAGUAUUACUAUAGAAAAUAAUUUUUUCCCCUUUAAGUCAGUGUUGCAUAUGAAUUAUCCCACACUGAUGAACCAUGAGAAAAUAAGCAGUUUUUCUGUGGAUGUUUCUUUUAAAGGGGACCUAUACGCCAUAUUUUUAUUUUCUGAAUUGAACAGAGUAUCUGUGGAUGAUUCACAGUUCAAAAUGGUCUUUCUUUAUAUUAUCCUCUGCCUUGUUGCAGACCCUCAGUUCAAGCACUGUCUCUACAGUAUCUCCCUUACAACUCCCUAAGCCAGCUAUCUUUUGAUUGGCUGCUUCUCACAAAUAGAAGGUCUGAACAACAGGUGGGUGGGGCUCUGUGCUUACUGUCUGUCUGAGCUGUGUGCCUAGAUAAACAUAUAAAGGACCCCUGAAGAGUAGAAAACCUGUGUGAAACAGCAUUCAGAGCAAUCUGAAACCUGAGCUUUUGGCUUACAGGUAUUACUUGCACAUAUGCUGACCUUAUGAUUUGAAACUUUGGCCACAUUUAAUAUAUAUAUAUAUAUAUAUAUAU